UAUCAUAUGAAAAUCUGUCAUCCGCAGUUAUAGAUCCGACAAUAUGUACAUAUAUGUGUGCAUCUGUACUCGUAGUGCACCUCAAUUUUGACUGGAUGAACGAACUUAGCAGGAAAUUACUGUUAGCGUGGUCAACAACUUAAAGAUAAAGGAACAGUACCCACCACACGUAAAGGGAUAACACUUGUAUUUCAUUAUCACAUACCGGAUGAUCAUAUUUGUAAUACAAUAGAGAAUCGACUGUUAUCACAGGCUGAGGGAGUAUACUCUAAACAAACUAGUCAGUACGAAUUCUUCACAGCUUCAGUAUUUAAGAAGGUACCGUCGAUGAAAUGGCUGGAAUGGCUACUCAAACCUAUAAAGAACAGAAGAACAGUCAGACCUCUUGUGUUCAUCACAAGGGUGAAAAGUUGGAAUGGUUUUGUGAAAAGUGUUCUGAAUUGAUUUGUCCGAAAUGUGUGUCCAGUUUACACAAAGGUCAUAAAUGUGACCACCUGAGUGAAAUUACUCCUACAAACAAACUGAAGAUUAAAGCAUUCAUCUAUGACACGGAAGAAAAUGAACUAACUCAGAUUCACAAGGAACUCAACUCCACCCAGGACAGCUAUCAAAAGGACAUUGACCAUUUCGACAGUGUAGCCAUAGAAGUAGAAGAAACAGGAAGAAAACUCAAGGAGGAUCUUGAUAUUUUUAUAUCUCAAACACAUUCUCAAUUGAAAUUUUUGAAAGACGAAAACUGCAAACUCCGCCACAGUUACGCGGCAGAGCUUGAGAAGACACUUGGCGGAUUGAAAGAGCAGUUGAAACAAUGUAAGGAAUCCCUUCAAACUGGCACAGAUAUCCAUGUGUUUGACAUGGUCCUUGGACUCCAAAGAACUACCACGUUACCAAGGAAACCCACCUUUGGUAAUGCAUGGUUCACCCCAAACAGGACUAAUGACGGAAGCCUUCAGCACGCUUUUGGUAAAGUGAAGUUGAUCCAACCAAGUUGGUCUGACGAACCCAACUCCAAGGGUCCAGACGCUCUUCAACAGAAGACCAGUCAAACUCUACCAGACAUUUUGCCACGGAACAGCCAGGAAGUGCAGUAUCCCCUUCCACCACAAGCUAUUACAGCGCCAGAACAAGCCUCUCUACCUGAGACCAGUCCUCCGCCACCGUACGACCGUCUAUCGCAGAUCUCUCCACUACCACCACCAUACGACGAUUCUCCACAGACAAACAUUUUGCCAGAACUAAAAUCUCAGUUGAACAUUUCAUCUGUUUGCCCCACUAAUGACGGCGGGGCGUGGACAUGUUAUUGGAAAAGCGACACCGUGACACACCUGACAAGCCAAGGAACCGUACAGCAGAGUAUACAGAUUCCUGUCGUGAUCAAGGAUAUCAGCGUGUCUCCAACUACCCAAAACAUCUGGGCAUGCUCUGACAAAGACAACAGCAUCAUUGAGCUGACAUCAAACACAAUGAAAUGCAGAUUCACAAUUAGGGACGAACCAAAGACCCUAUGCGUCAUUGGGGAAGACCACGUUAUUGCGGGAACGAAAAACAAAAUUACAGAAUACACUUCAGAAGGAAAAGUUGUCAUCGCUACAACAAAAUCACUGUUUUCGAAGCCCUUAGUUUGUUCACCACAGAAGAUAUCGCAGUGUCCCAUCAGUGAAAGGAUUGCUAUAGUUGACAGGGAUCGAUCAGGUGAAAGGGGUCAAGACAAGCCCCAUAUCGUUAUCAUGGACAAAAACCUACAGGUGCUCUACCGAUAUGGACGGUCCCAGCACAAAGGCCGUCCCGGGACAAAACCGUUUAACCCAUGGGAUGUCGCGUACGACCGUAUGGGACACUUGGUAAUUGCGGACGGUGGCAACUGUUGUCUGCAUCUCCUGAGUGGAAGUGGAGACUACCUUCGCCUCCUCCACACUGACACAGCCCUAGCGUGGGCUGUAGGUGUAGGCAGACAGGACCAGGGCUUGUGGGCGGUGUUCGGUGACCGAGUUAAACUGGUAAAGUACGUGCAUGUAUAAGUAAAGUGAUGUUGAAAGAUUGUACUAAUCUUCACAAGCUGACAUUGCCACGGGGACUCUUAAAUUGCGUAACUCACUCUGACAAAGAACUAUUAAUGUCAUUGGAUUCAAAUCCUAUCAUUCUCUACGUUUCCCUGCGAUACACUGUGGUGUACAAUGUAGUAUCAAAUAAUACAAGAUAUACGCACUGCGCGUCAUACUACAAUGUACCAGCAAUUAGUACUAGCAAUAUAUUAGAGAUAAACGAAAUGGCAAUUAACCAGUGGGGUUAUAUUGAAAAUUUUACGGUAUAAAAACAUCCGAUCAUUAAAUGAAAGGUCAACAUAACAUCAACCAUAAUGUAGUGUUUUAAUUUUAUUUAAAUCAGUUCAACGUCACAAUACCAUAUUGAUUCUCGGACUACGCAACGUUAUCAGACUGCGGAAAGUUGAUAUGCGGUUUGGAUUCUAAACAGAUAUUGAUCAACCACAAUUUAAAUGACAUGGAUUUCAAGGAUGAUAUACUUUUAUUAAUUACGUAUUGUCUAUUCAUAGUUUUGUAAAAUGUUCCUUUACUCAGCUACAACAUAUGUACCUCGAGUAGAUCUAAAAGCAUUUAAGUUCAUGUCGGAAGUCUUUUGGUGAAAUAAGUGCCUAAUUAACAGUUUCGGAAAUGACGGGAAAUUAAUGAUAUUGUAUAAUAUAAUGAUAGAAUAAAUGUGUAAAUAAAAUGCUAAA